UAACGAAAAUACCCUUCUUCAACAAAGCUACUACCCAAACCUGAAGAAAACCCUAGCUAGCCCCAGAUCCCCAAUCCACAUUUCACUUACGCACUCUUUAAUCGAACCAAUCUUCGCCAUAACUGAAUCGAUACUUAUUGAAUCGAACCAAUCUUCGCCAUAAUUGAACCGACACUAUGGACAUUCUCAAGCAGGAAAUGCUGAAGAAACGGCAGAGUCUGGAGCAGGACGUCGGCGGAAAGAAGUUUUUCAAGCGUUCCGAAAUCGAGCAGAAACGACUCCAGCGGCUGCGCGAGGAGGAGAAGCGGGAAUCCGAAGCCAAAGCCCUCCUCAAGAAGCAGCUGCAGCAAGAUCACCAGAGUAAGGAUACGAAAUCUUCCUCAUCAGACCCAAAUUCCAACACCGACACCUCCAAAUCCAAGCCCGAAUCUUCUUCGUCCAAAUCCCUGGUCGAGGAGCAGAACAUCGACAAUCUCAAUCUACCCAAGCAGGAGGUGAUCCGCCGCCUCCGGUUUCUCAAACAGCCGGUGACGCUCUUCGGCGAAGACGACGAGGCGAGGCUCGACCGCCUCAAGUACGUGCUGAAGGCCGGGCUAUUCGAGGUAGACGACGAUAUGACGGAAGGGCAGACGAAUGACUUCCUGCGGGAUAUUGUGGAGCUGAAGAAGCGGCAGAAGUCGGGGAUUGUGAGCGACAGGAAGAGGAAGUCGAGGGAGGAUCGAGGCGAGGAUGAGGAUGGUGGGGAUGGGGAUAAGGAUCUCAGCGGCGACGGGGCAUCUUCGGGGGUUGAUCACGACAAGGAUAUUAAGAGAAUGAAGGCGAAUUUUGAGGAGUUGUGCGAUGAAGAUAAGAUUUUGGUGUUUUUCAAGAAGUUGUUGAAUGAGUGGAAUCAGGAGCUUGAUGAGAUGAAUGAGACGGAAAAGAGGACCGCUAAAGGGAAGUCGAUGGUGGCAACGUUUAAGCAAUGUGCUCGGUAUUUGAGUCCAUUGUUCAAAUUCUGCAGAAAGAAGGUUCUUCCUGAUGAUAUCCGGCAGGCAUUGAUGAUUGUUGUCAAAUGCUGUAUGAAACGGGACUACCUAGCUGCGAUGGAUCACUACAUUAAAAUGGCCAUCGGGAAUGCUCCCUGGCCCAUUGGAGUUACUAUGGUUGGUAUCCACGAACGUUCUGCACGUGAGAAGAUCUACACAAACAGUGUGGCACACAUCAUGAAUGAUGAGACUACCCGUAAGUAUUUACAAUCUAUCAAAAGGCUGAUGACUUUUGCCCAACGACGAUAUCCAACAAUGCCUUCCAAAGCUGUUGAGUUCAACAGCCUGGCCAACGGUAGUGAUCUGCAGUCGCUGCUAGCUGAGGAGAUGAUGUCCGAAGGGAAACAAGCUGAAGAGAGGCUUCUACUGACAGGUGCCCCCAAGGAUGACUAAGUUUAGCAUGUUUGGAAAUGUAAAGACAGGAUCUUUGUCAAAGGAAGAGGUCUCGGAUUCAAUUCCCCGUGUAACCGUCUCCUUCGAUUAUAAGCUAUGUGUACGCACGUAUCUGGAAAAGUGUAAUGAUACAGAUGUAUUUUAACUCUGUGGCUGUUGUCGUCAGCGUUCAUUUCCUCUGUGACAUUUACGUUGCGUGUUGAGUAAGUUGAUGAUUUUGGCCUCAA